AACCCAGCCUGCAGAUGUUUGAAAUUUUCACCUGGCAUCUCUGUCUCCAACUCCAAUUGUUGUUAGCUUGCCGGUAACAUCAACUGCUUUCUUGAACUUCAUUCAUUUUGUAAAUGCCUAAUAUUUAUGAUUAAAUAUGUCAGAAGUAAAAGCUUGUGUAGUCGUUGGUUGUGGAGCAAAUUCGGAGAUAUGUCCAUAUCUUUUCUUUCUGAAAGUUCCUCAGAAUCCGGAGCGGCGUGUGGAUUGGUGUGAUGCUAUGGGUAUAGCAACUCGAAAAGGACGACUUUAUUGCUGCACGAGGCAUUUCGACAUUCCUGGCGAUUUUGAUGGUGAUGCCCCUUCGGACAAAUCGAGCGGAAUCCGUUUAAAAUUGAAAGGAGAUGUUCUCCCGCAUAAAGGAAUUCCGCUUCAACAUGAAGUUCGAAAUAUAUACGCGAUGUUUGACCAAAUGAAAAUUCACGGUAAAAUAGAAAAAAAUUUCAAAUACCUUCUACCUGCUUUGGAGAAAGAUCUACAAAUCAAAGUUCCACUUAACAUACAACAAUCAGUGUUAAAUAAAACGUAUUCUCUUGUAAUCGAAAAAGUUAGUGAAUAUUUCAAAACGGAUCGAAUUAAAUCUCGAUAUCAGUUAGUACAACUUCUUAAAAAUAAUCGCGACACAUUUGCCGAAAUGGUUAACGAGAAGUUUAUUAAAAGUGUUCAGCAAGGACAAAUUACACUUAGAACUAUUCAACCGUUUCUUCAAUAUGAAUCAUAUGGAUGUUUAGAUUUGCCUAUCGACCACGAACAACUGGAAGCUUUAUACUUUGAAUGCGAUACUAAUCAAUUAAAAGCGUAUGCUCGGCAACGGAAAACUCCUUCAAAAACCAGUGUUGAUGAAACUAAUUUUAAACACUUAUUUUAUACUCCUGGCAUCAGAGUAAACUUGACGCUUCCCUUCCUGGAAAUGGUAAGAGAAGUAGUUUCUAAUUGUGAAAGAUUCGUGGUAACUGCUAGAGGAGCCACAAAACACACGGAAUCUAAACCGAACGGACUAGAAAAAUUUCAAAAAGUUGAUAAACCAUAUCGUCUGAAAUCUGCAAAAGUGGGACAAAACUUGACUUUGGAGUAUAUUGAUAUAUUGAUCAAUUUGUUCGAAUCCUACGAAUUCAUGAUGAGUCAAAUUCAGCGUUCAACACUGAUUUGUCUACUACAGCAAAUCCGAGCUGAACUAUCUGAUUAUGAAAUGAAAGAAUUGCAGGUUACCUAUGGUCGUUAUCUGUCGAAACACAAAUAUUACCGUAUCAUCAACGAAGACAUAGGUCCGGACCGUAGCGAAGAAGACAACUAUUUGUACGUGAAGGAAAUCAUCAAUCCGGAAUUAAAUUUUCAAUUUCUCAAAGCUAUCGAUAUUGACUUGUCGAGUAUGGACAGCAUAGAAGAAUUUUUCCGACCUAUUCUUGGAUAUGUUAAUGAGGAUGCAAAGUACAUGAACGGAGAACCGUACUUGAAAUUCGCGGAUCAACUCAAAAAGGCAAUAACAUAUGCUUGUCAAGAAUGUAACACGACAUUUGAUUCAGCUUUGGCCAGAAUUACAAUUCAAGAGCAUCGUUUCUGUGGAGCAAAGAAAUGGAAGUGCACAAACUGCCAGUCUUCGUUUCAAGAGAACAAAAUUGCUUCGGAAGCAUGGUUGCACGAAUGUAAAGACGACACGAGAAUAUAAAUUUAUAUAUCUGAACCUGAAGUAAACUAGAUAUUUAUUACUUUUUAACACCUAUUAUAUCACUGUCCUCUAUCUACAAGGAUUUACGUGAAUGUAUAUUACUGAACCAUAAGUAAAUCACAGUGAAAAUAUUUUUGUU